AUGGCAACCACGUCGGGUGAUCAAGCCAGUGCUCAGGACGAACAGUCAAGGCCCCGACCAAGCACCGUCGCUGAGCACCUCGCGGGCACUGCCGACUCCUGGCAUGGCAAGAUCACGCUCUCGGGUUCGUUCAAGCCCGAACGUGCCCGGUAUCACCUUUACGUAGGCCUGUUCUGCCCAUUCGCGCACCGGGUCCUUAUCGUGCGGCAUCUCAAAGGCCUGACGGAAAUCAUUGACACCAGUGUGGUCAAGCCAUACCCGAAAGGCGACGAGCGAGGAUGGCCAGGCUGGCGGUUCCCCCACGACGACAACGAGUAUCCCGCAGCAACGGUCGACCACGUGUUCGGCAGCGAGUACCUCCACGAAGUGUAUUUCCGCGCUGACAAGGAGUACAAGGGCCGGUAUUCGGUGCCCGUGCUGUGGGACCGACAGACGGGCACGAUCGUCAACAACGAGAGUCUGGAACUCCUGCGCGACCUUUCCACGGCGUUCGAUGCCCUCCUACCCGCCGAGGUUGCCCGCUUCACGCUCUAUCCGGAACACCUGCGGCCCCAGAUCGACGAGGUCGGCGCCUGGAUGCAGCGUGACCUAAACGCCGGGGUGUACAAGGCCGGGUUCGCGGACACACAGGAUGCGUACGAUGAGAAUGUGCUGCCGGUGUUCGCGGCGCUGAACAAACUGGAGAAGAUGGUCGCGGCCAACGGCGGGCCGUAUAUCCUAGGCCAGGACCUGACGGAGCUGGACGUCCGGGCGUACACGACCGUGGUGCGGUUUGACACAGUCUACGUGCAGCAUUUCAAGUGCAAUCUGGGCACGAUCCGGCACGACUAUCCGCAGUUGAACAACUGGUUGAAGAAUUUGUUCUGGAAUGUGAAGGGGUUCAAGGAGACGACGGAUUUCAAGCAUAUCAAGGAGAACUAUACCAAGAGCCAUGGGGAUAUCAAUCCCAAGGCCAUCACGCCCAGGGGCCCGUGGCCGGAUGUUGAGCGAGGGUGGGAGAGCGAUUUGAAGCUGGUCAGGAUCGGUGGUGUCGAUAUGCCUGAGGUGCUGGAGUUGGAGGCUAAGAUACCCGGAUGA